GGGAGGAGGGUGGCGGCAGAGAGGAGAGGGAGGAGGCGCUUGGAUACGGAGCCAUACACAUCACAGACGCAGAUUUCAAAGCAGAGUCAGGACCACAGAGCCGCCGCAUCGCACGCACGCUCGCAUCGUGGAGGUUUGGAGGACGCACAAAAUCAACACAUUUUGGUGGACCAAUAUAAUCAGGAUCACAGCUUGACUAAAUGCGACAUUUUCUUUAGCUUUAAGAGGUCCAGAUAUCUGAGUGCAUCAUGGAUUUCGUGAUGAAGCAAGCGUUGGGUGGAGCCACCAAAGACAUGGGUAAGAUGUUAGGAGGAGAGGAGGAGAAGGAUCCUGAUGCCCAGAAGAAAGAGGAAGAGCGUCAGGAGGCUCUGAGACAACAAGAGGAGGAGCGGAAGGCCAAACACGCUCGCAUGGAAGCGGAGAGGGAAAAGGUCAGACAGGCCAUUCGAGAUAAGUACGGACUAAAGAAGAAAGAGGAGAAAGAAGCGGAAGAAAAAGCAGCUAUGGAGCAAGCAUGCGAGGGCUCACUGACUCGCCCCAAAAAGGCCAUCCCAGCAGGCUGUGGGUCGAACGACGAGGAGGACGAGGAGAGCAUUCUAGACACCGUUCUCAAAUUCCUCCCUGGACCUCUGCAGGACAUGUUUAAGAAGUAAAAGACACAGAGCAGUUUCUCGAAGGGAGAUUUUUGCCAAACAGGUGAAAGUCUUUUCACUGCCUUGACAGAGUUUCAUUUGCGCCUUUCUAAAGAUAGAAACACGGUUCAUAGGUUAACAACGUUUGGUCUUUUCACUGCCAUUCAGGUUCAGGUUGUUUACACUUUCUAUAGAUCUUUCUAUUUGUUUACUAAAGCAUCGCCAGGGUCUCUGAUAUCUUCAAAGUUUUCUUCCUUGGGUACUUUACUAUUACAGUAGCCCAUACAAUUGCAGAACAUUCCAGAAGGCUGAUAUUGAUGGAUAAAAUUCACAUUGAUGUAUUUAACAGUCUAUUUUGGACAGCCUAUAGACUUUCUGAGUGAAGCAAGAGUAUUUUUAAACAGCAACUUUCUAUUAUUUCCUUCUGUGCAUAAUAUGGCUGAAUGCUUUCAGUAGCGUGCAUGAGGUUAAGAUUUUUGAUUGUAUGAUCGGUUCUGUUUGCAAUUUGUAAGAUGAAAGGAACGAUGUGUUGUCAUUUAAAAGCGUGAGAUAUUGUUAUACGGGCUUAACUGUGCCAUCACCUGCUCACAUGGUUUGCAACCUGGCAGUUCUCAUUGUCUGUGAUAUAUUGUUUCAUUUUUUUGUUAUUUUAUACUUCUGUACAUUUAUUGUGUGAAUAAGAACUUGGCUUGACCACAAGUUAUAUUCACACAUGUCUUGCCAGCAGUAGAUAAUAUAUUAUAUCAGGAAUAGCUUAGUAGGCACUAAAACGGCAACAAUGGCACAGUUUAUCUUCAUACAAACCGGACCAAAUCAAAUCUUUACAAUUAUAUGGGAUAUUUACGGAUCUCACAAAAUUACAGAAAUAACUUCAAUAUGUAUUCAGAUAUCAUUCACUGCACUACUGCCAAAACAAGCAGAUGAUCUGAUGUUAGAUUACUCAUGGACGACAAUCAGAAAUAUAUACAUACAAAUACAUGGAUAUGAUAAAUACAUACUCAGCUAGUCUUAUAGAAAGCUCUUUCAUUUAAAAUGUAAAGAUUUGGUAUUGAUAAUUACAAAAAAUAUAUAUAUAACAUUUUAUUACAGGAAUGGAUGUAAAACAAAACAUUCUGUGUGUAAAAUAUGAAUGAAGCAUAAUUGGCAUCACAAAGAACAAUAAAGGGCUAAUAUUAUGCCCAUUUUUACAAGAUGUAAAUUAAAAUCUCAGGUGUGCCUAGAAUGCGUCUGUGAAAUUUUAGCUUAAAAUACCACACCAAAUUAUUUUUUAUAGGAUGUCCAAAAUGCCCUUAUAUGGGCGGGAGCAAAAAGUGCUGUGUACCUUUAAAUGCAAAUGAGCUUCUGUUUUCGCUUAAAAAUUGAUCUGAUUUCUGUGAAUGCAGUUUGGGACAAUAGCCGCAUUAGUGCUACAACGCGCUAACAAACGCUUUUGAUAAAGUUAAUCAGUCAGUCAGUGUCUAUGUGUGGGGUUUGUUAGUGUGACAUCACAUUAACAAGAGAAUCAAAACAGCAUGCUUUGGUUUAAUGGGGAUUAAAAAUGAGGAGUGGGUGUAUUUUUCAUUCUAGGGUGGUUGUGUUUACACACUGCCAACACACAUUUAUGUCUGAACACAUUGUAAAAGUGGAUUUUGCAUAAUAUUGGCCGUGAUUAUAAUCAAAAGGCAUUAGGAAAUACUAAUAAAAGUUAAUGAGUUUUUAUCACAACAGUAACAUGAAAAUACCAAAGAGAGAGUGAGUAAAUCUCAUUUCAAUGCUUUAGUAAACUUUGAGGUGGAUGGCACAGUGCUGAAAUACUAAUACACAGCAUGUUAACUCUAUUACAAAACAAUAAUGUGUAGAUGAAUUGCUUACAUCUGAUCCACAAAAAACAUUUCUGCCUGCUGUUAAACGAAAAUAACACGAUAGUUUAUUCAAAUCCUUUCAUAUGGUUCAAAAUAUUUAUCUUAGUGCUUGCCGGUGUGCAUUGUUAAAUGUCUCAAAGCCUUGUUUUAACACUGCCAUUUGAUAAACAUGCUAAAGACUUAUUUGGGGUGGAAGAUACAAUGUUUACAUAGCUGUUUAUGAAUACAGGGGUAUAAAGAAAACUCAUUUUGUAAAGUAACACUCGGUUAGGAAUUGUGUUGCAUGAUAAAAAUAACUGUAGAUAUGUUUUGUUUUGCUGAUUACACAAAGAAUAUGUUUUUCAACCAAUCAGAUUUAAAUGUAACCCUUUGAAACUCUUUUAGCAAACAGAAAUGUAUUUGUACCCAUUAGGCUGGUUGUUCUGCGAUCAAAAUGCUUUUUACGGUAGAAGUUCAUUCAAAUCUUAGUAAGUACAGAAUGGCAUUUUAGAAUAAACGUCCUACUUCAAAGUAAACUCUUAUUUUGGCGGUACAGAAGUAUGUUUUUUAAAUUAAACUAUAAAGAAAGAAUGAGAUUAACUUUUUCAUUUUUGUAGUGCUGAAGCGUUUUUCACUAGUCAAAGCCAUAUUGUUAGACUGCAAUAAUUUAUGAAAAAAUAAUACAUGUAGUCAUGCAUAUGUUUUCUGUACAGAUAUGUUUGUAUCUCUUUAAUCUGUCUUUAAAUUCUUCAAAGUAUGCCAGGAAGUGUAUAUACAUGGACAUUUCUGUAGAGACAGAUUGCAUUGUAGUAAUGUCUACUAUAUGUACUUAAUGUGUGUAUUUAUAUGUGUGUCUGUAUUUGUAUAUGUUAUUUCAUGUUGUAUCUGUUGAUGUCUUUCAAUCAUGUGUGCACAUUCAAGCAGACUGUGGCCGCUGUCAUGGAUACAGUGGCGUAGGGUUGUGGGAGUUUUAAUGUAUAUGUAUGCAUGCAGAUGAACUUUGCAUUAAAUACCAAAUUCAGAACGUCGGGUUGUGACAUGUUUAU